CAGUUUUAGGCUGUUUUUAUGUAUCCAUUGGUAAACCAACAUACACAAAAGACCAAAUGUCGUAUCCAACAGAAGAACGGUCGUGCUUUUUAAUACAAGAACAUUUAGAUACAAUACCUGGGAGGAAAGGAAUUAUGCCGUCUACCGACGUCUACCUUAAAUCGAAAGUCUACUCAAAAGAUCAAGAUUAUGUAAUGAAAUUAACAUGUUAUGCAUUUGUGCAGCCGUUUGCAAUAUCAGCCUCUUUCUUUCAAAAUUCCAUUCAGAUAGAUGGAAUAAGAAUUGACGGGAACAAGUGUUUUCAUAAAGAUGGCCCAUGUCUUCCUGAUAAGUGUUCCUGUUGUUCAAACGAAGGAUUUUACGCCUUUUUCCUGUACUUAAAAAUAUUUGACAUUAAAGACCUUCGAAGUGUAUCUUGUGAAAUGAGGACUGACGAAAAAUAUACGAGAAGGAUUGCUUCGAUUGAUCUCAACAACACAGAUUUUACAGCAACUGAAUUGAAACCCAGUAUUAAGGAAUCAAAUUCAAAAAUAAGAGGACCAUCAACUCCUGCAACCAAAAUAAAAGGGAAAAUUUACAAAGAUAAGACAUUGAAUAAAGAUAGCAGUCAUUUAAUUGCGCUUCAAAGUGUAUUUGUUGUGAUUGCAGUUAUCCUGGUAAUACUCUGCAUACAAAUCGGGAUUGGCAAAUCCCUCUCUCAACAGGUAUCGAAAAUAAUGUUCCCGAAAAAGGAUUCGGAGAUGAUAACUAAGAAACAGAAAGACAGUUUAAAGGAGCAUUGUCGUCUUUUGCAACUAGAUCAAAGACUUAAAUGAUGUUUUUGCGCUUGCAUACAGAAACAGAACAGAGUGAACUAUCGUUAAAAUCCAUUAGUUGAACUGGUCGUUUACUCCGAACCGUUUUUAGCUGAAAUAAAAAUAGUAUCUUCUAAAAAUCAAUGGCGUUCUGAACUAUAUCUGUCGUAAAUCAAACACGACAUUAGUGUUGAAAAUUUCUAAAGAAAGAGUAGUCAUUACAAAUGUUUCUAUCUCCAGAAAUAAGAAUAAAAUGUAAGAAUGUUUUUGGAAAGUUCUUGGUCUAAAUACACUAAUCUGAAUGUU